ACAUGCCUUUCAAUUACAGAGGAGUGCAUUGGUUGUGCGUUAAAAUUGAUAUGGUGGACCGUGUAGCCUACCUAUUCGACUCAGUCCCAUCCAACCGACCGAACAAAAGGAAGCUAAAUGCAGCUAAAAUUUUGGUUGAAACUAUGCACGACUUGCUGCAACUACACUUUGGAAAUGAUUAUGUUACAGACGUGCGUACCUUCCACCGCUGCAUGUUAGACGAGAGGCCAGUACAACAACUGGACGACACGUUUGACUGUGGGAUGUUCGUCAUCAAAUUCAUGCAGCAACCUGAUUUAAGCCCCGGUCCACACAAGACUUCGCUUCGUCCGCCGCCAAUUUGUCAUCGGUCAGCCAAUCAACGUUCUGCUUGAUAGCGCCGACUUGCCGCUCCAAACUUGACAACCGUGUGUCCACUUCAUUCAGCCUUUCGUAGAUAGCUUGCAACUGCUGGAAUACAGGAGCAACAUGAGCUUCAACAAUAGCUUCAAUCUUGUUCGAAUCGGACAUUUUGUAGGAAUAUGUGUAUGGUUUAUUUUACUGACUACUUUUUUAAAGGAAUGUACAGAUUCAUAAUAUUACACAACACUAUGCUGUAAGUAUUUGUAAUAUAUGGUACAUGACUUGUAUGUUUGCAGAAGACCUCAUGCAUUGUGACA